AUUUCUUUCGAACCACAGUUUCUACUCGGUCCUACUUUGACGUCGCACCUCAACGUCGUCACCAAACUUCCUUCCCACCAGAAAAAAAAGAGAGCGGGGAAAUUUGACAAUCGCCCACUAUUCCAACAAAGUAACUUUAAGGUAGUUUAUGAAAGUAUAUAUUGGUAUUGAAACAGGAGUUUGUUCAUUAAAACGUUGUCACCCAGAAUGAGAACUCUAGAGGAGGUGCAGGCCACUCUGCAGAUCGCCAAACUGAAAGAGGAAGAUCUACAGAAAACAAUUCACUGCCUGUCCUUCGGGGAAAACGUUUCCUCAGCAGACUACUGCCUCAUGGAGCUGGAUGACACCCUGUGCAAACACAUCCAGGCCGGGCAGAGUCUAGUGAUUCGAGGGGACGCGGACGAGCGAGCAGUGCUCUGUAGCGGUGACAAGACCUACGAUUUAAAAAUAGCAGACACGUCCAACCUGCUGCUGUUUGUACCAGGAUGCAGAACGCCGGACCAACUAACCAACAGCCAGGAAAGCUCCCAUUUGGUGCACACGCAGAUCUGGGGGUUUUGUAACAGCUACUGGGAACUGAAGAGACAGCGUCCAAGGCUGAAGAAACUGAAAGCGAUUUUAAUGGAGAAUCCUUAUGAAGGACCGGCUCUAGGGGGGCAAAAGGAGAAUACAGAAAACAGGUACUCAAUGCAGGAUCUGUUGGACAGGAUCCAGUCCAGCCAAGACGAGCUGAAGACCCACUUAAAGACCAUCCAUGCUUGCCAGAUAGAUGGCUACUGGCGUGUGCUGGACUUUGACUACGAGAUGAAGCUGCUCGGUCAUGUUACUCAGCUGGUAGAUUCUGAGUCGUGGUCCUUCAACAAGGUUCCCCUUCAAACCAGUCUGGACGAGUUGGCUCCACUGGAGCCCAAAGAGAUGAUUGAGCACUGUUUGGACUGUUAUGGGAAGCGCUUUACUGAAAACGACAACGUUUUUUAUGCCCUGCACGAGGAUAAAGUAUGUCAAAGCACGGCCUUACUGCUGCUGCAGAACGCUGUGAAGUUCAACCUGAGAGAAUUUCAAGAAGUCUGGCAGCAGAGCGUCCCAGAGGGGAUGAGCACAAGACUAGAACAGCUAAAGAGUGUCGCGUUGGUGGACCGCGCCUCCCGCCCCGAGACCAUCUGCCUGCUGCGGGUGGAGGAUCUGUCUGAAGACACGCUGGAGCGCUUCAACCACCUCUUCACAAUCCGAGAGAAAUGGACGGAGGAAGACAUCACGCCAUACAUACAGGACCUGUGUGGAGAAAAACAGACCACCGGAGCUCUACUGACCAAAUAUGCUCGAUCUUCAAUGCAAAAUGGGAUCAAGGUGUUCAAUUCCAGAAGGCCUUUGGCUACAUGAUCAUGUCAAUCAUUACCUUUGAAAAGGAUUUCAUUAUGUUUAUUCUCAGUGACUGUUUCAAAGAUAUUAUACACAAUUGUUCUUAAAAAUGCAUUGUUGGCGUUGUCUAUUAUCUUACAGCAACCAGCUUGCUGGUAAAGUGUAGGAUGAUUUUUUUUAAAAGUACCGGUAACUAAACGAAAUCUUUUUUGAAGUUGUUUUUCUGUUAAAAAAAAAGUUUGUAAAAUGACAUUUCAUUAACAAAUUGGUGUUUUUGUUUCAUCCUUCAAUUCUAUUUAAUUUACCGGGUAUAGUUACAUUUUUUUUCAUUUCCAACAGGAACAUAAACUGACCAGGUGCUGCCCUGCAGGUUGUCCACAUGGUGGUGGUCUAUGUGAUAUAUUCAAUAUGACAUCCACACAGUGGCAGGUUACAACAGCAUGUGCUGGCUGAUAUGAAGCAAUUAUCAUACUGACAGAAAAAUCAAAUGUAAAUAAUCUCAUCAUUGACGAGGCGUAGCGUUCCAGCUAUCUGAAUGAGAAUAUUUUCCUUUUAUUACAGUAAACGGACUGUUACACAAGGUGUCACAAUUGGCUCUGGUCAUGUUACCAUUUGUAUUUUUUUAUGAGGAUAAAUAUCCCCAAAGAGGGCAAAUCACUUUUUCCCCAGUCGUUGCUUAACUAUGCAUUCUCACUUAUGCGUUUUUAAGCAAUAGGCUGAACAGGCGGUAAGUAUUUUACAUACUGCAGCCUAAGCACAAACCGAGUAAAGCCUCAUUAACACGUUGUUGUUGCCAUUUCGUGUUCUUGGAUUUAAAAUCUUUUCAUGAGAACCAGAUGUUGUUAUACAAAGUAAUUUUUUUUUUGUCAUAAUACAGCAUAGAACAUAAAAAUCA